GGGAGCAUGGCGGCUGCUGAGGCGGCGGUCUCCGAACAGGACGUGGGGGGCGCGGGUAGGGAGCCGCUGCCAGAGACUCCCGUAGAGUGCCACUGCGGCCCCACCGUCUCCACCGAGCCCGCUUCCCUCGGCCUGGUGAGCCCCUACCGCGCCCGCCGCCUGGGGAACCCCGAAGACCUCGUGGAGCUCGCCCAGCAGGUUCAGAAGGCUGAUGAAUUCAUCAGAGCAAAUGCUACCAACAAGCUGAUAGUUAUAGCUGAGCAAAUCCGGCAUUUGCAAACACAGGCCAGGAAGGUAUUGGAAGAGGCUCAGAGAGAUGCUGAACUGCACCACGUAGCUUGUAAUGUGGUGAAAAAACCUGGAAAUAUUUACUACCUCUAUAAACGAGAGAAUGGACAGCAGUACCUUUCCAUCCUUUCACCCAAGGAAUGGGGAAAAAGUUGUCCACAUGAUUUUCUUGGUGCCUACAAGCUUCAGCAUGACCUCUCCUGGACUCCAUAUGACAACAUCGGGAAGCAAGAUGCUGAAAUUAGCAUCAUGGACAAACUUUUGAGCCAGCAGAUGGCCCUGCCCCAAUGUACAGAGCCCAAUUUCCAGGGCCUCACUUAGUGACCAUGGACAAUUGCCAAAUAGCAUGUGGGCCUGGCUGUUCUCGUCUCCUUAACUUCCCUACUUUGUAGGAGUUGUGAGAAGUGAGAUAUGAUGUACAUAUAUGAGUACCUUGGAUGGAGACCCCAUGUGUGAAUUGAAGUAUAUUUAUCAACUCUAUUUUGGAAUCCACACUCCCUGCUUCAGAGAAUCCCCAACUAAACAAACAUGGGCCAGUAACCAUUACUACACAUCUCAACUCACCCAGAUGGACAAAAUCCAUCCCCAUGGUUGAACUAGAGACUUUAUAGGAAAGAGAGGAAAUGUCACUUCCUUGAAAAGGUUGUAGACUAUUCUUUAUACACAGAGGAAUCUGUACUGCCACCUCUUUUUAACUCCUGAAGUUUAGGAAUGGGACUAGGGUCAAGCAAAGGGCCUGACGUUUCUAUUUCUAUAAGUGAUUCUACCCUGUUCCAGAGAACUUUAGGCUCUGAAUCAUCAUCCAAGGUCUCAGGAAUAUGUAUUAUGCAGAAUGGCAGGUAGAGGAAUGUGGCUGACCAGAGAAGUGAUUCUAGUUUCUUUAAAAUGCUGUCUGGUCUGGAUUUUCCCUAGCUCCUCAAGCCCUUCUUGUUCAGCUGGAAAAUUGAGACAAAUGCAGAAGAGUGGUGGCUGCCUUCCCUUAAACGCCUUGCCUUCCAUUCCUAAUCAGAGUUUUAGAAUCAAAGAUUUAGAACUGGAAGGGACCUUCAGAAGCCAUUGAAUCCAGGCCCCUUCUUCUACAGAUGGGGGGAAACUGAGAUAUUAAGUGACUUGCCUGGGGUUCCCCACAGCUGUUAAGCCAUACUGCCUCAUGGAGGAAGAUACUUGAAUUUGUGUUAGCCUGGUUUGUGGGAAAGGUCCAGGGCUAAACCAUCAUAUCAGUAGCAUGAGUCCAUUUAAAUGGCUAUUUCCAAAUAUCAUGAAAGAGACAGUUGAAACAAUACAAUGGGAACGAGAACUCUGACGUUCUGUUUGCAUGGAAAAACUAAGACUAGUAGUUGUUAAGUGACCAGCUACACAGGUAGCAAAGCCAGAAUUCCAACCCAGGUCCCUGAUUUCUAGUCUUUAGUAUACUUUUAAUGUUGUACCAGGCUUCCUCUUGUAUUGAUGACAGUAAACAGCAAAGGAAUUCCUGAA